AUGUCCCAAGACGUCGUGCGUCCCACCACCCCCCACCGUUCCGCAUCUGCCAUUCUCCUUUCGGACCUCCAAGAAACUGACCGGCGCCUCCAGCCCCACCACGUCUCCGGCCUGCACGGCGCAGACUCCCUGUCCUACACCCAUUCUGACUCCAGCCUCGGCGCCUCCACGUCCUCUGGCCUGCCGACCUACGAGCAGCGCGCCCAGUCCUCGGGUCUCGGGCUCGGCACCGGCCCCGCCAGCGGUCCUGGGCCCUCGCUGACGGAUCCCACGCUUCGGCACCAGCAGACGACGAUGGGCACGGAGAUGGAAGGCACCGAGACCACGCACCGUAACCCUGACGGCACGGUUCCGACAGAGAUCGCCUCCGAGGCCAGUCACGCCGGUACACCGCAUGGCGACGCCGCCGCCCCGCGUGUCAGUCCUGUCGGCCAGAGCCAGGCCAAGGGCGACAGCAAAACGGGCAAGCUGAUGGAGAAGGCGGGCGUCAAGCUGCACAGCGCCAAGCUGGCCGAAAAGGGGGAGGCCAAGCGGGAGAAGGCGGCUGGCGUCCCCGUCUGA